CGUGAACCCCCGCUUGCGUCGCGUCGACAUGCGCAGCGGCGCCCAUGCUCCCCAUGUCGUUGUCCCGCUCCUGCAAGAGAUACACCUAUGUUAGCCACGUCUUUUCUGUUUGAGAUCCUUCCAAAUCCUCCCCCCAUCUUAAUUUCUUCCCAUCUCUCCGGCGGCGCCGGCGCCAUUCGCCUUUUCUCCCAAACGCUCACCGGCUGGCAGCCCCCAGCCUCCCCGCCUGCUCGUUCGGCCGGUCUCGGCCUCCCCCUUCGUUGAUCUCCAACCUGAGCACCGUCGACCACGCCGACGCCGGCGACGCCUCGCCCGCGUACAAGGUACCAGAGAGAAAAAGAAGCAAUGGGCAUCGGCAUCGGCAUCGGCAUCGGCAUCGGCAUCGGCACCGGCACCGGCGCGGCGCUACCAUUCGGCGAGGCCUCGCCGUGGAGCCUGCUCGGCGGCGCGGUGGCCGCGCUGCUGCUGGUCUGGGCCGCGCAGAUGCUGGAGUGGGCCUGGCUGGCCCCGCGGCGGAUGGAACGGGCCCUCAGGGCCCAGGGCCUGAGGGGCACCCAGUACCGCUUCCUCCAUGGCGACCUCACCGAGGACCUGCGGCUCGUCACGGCGGCCCGCUCCAAGCCCGUGCCCAUGGACCGGCCCCACGACUUCAUCCCGCGCGUCGCGCCUCUGCUUCACCGUGCCUUGGAGGAACACGGUAGGGUUUCUUUUACAUGGUUCGGGCCAAUGCCAAGGGUUACAAUCACUGAUCCGGACUUGGUCCGUGAAGUUCUAUCGAACAAAUUUGGUCACUUUGAGAAGACAAAGCUGGCCACUCGGCUUUCUAAGUUACUCGUUGGUGGGCUUGUGAUCCUUCAUGGUGAAAAAUGGGUCAAACAUAGGAGGAUUAUGAAUCCAGCCUUUCAUGCAGAAAAGCUAAAGCGGAUGUUGCCAGCAUUCUCCGCAUCUUGUAGCGAACUAAUUGGCAGAUGGGAGAAUGCGGUUGCUGCUUCUGUUGGAAAAGCCGAGCUGGACAUUUGGCCAGAUUUUCAGAAUUUAUCAGGAGAUGUUAUUUCAAGAGCAGCAUUUGGUGUCAGACACCACGAAGGCAGACAAAUUUUCCUACUUCAGGCCGAGCAAGCUGAACGCCUUGUUCAAUCUUUCCGGAGUAAUUACAUCCCAGGCUUAUCUCUUUUACCGACAGAAAACAACAGAAGGAUGAAGGCAAUAGACAGAGAGAUAAAGAGUAUUCUAAGAGGCAUAAUAGAAAAGAGGCAGAAGGCCACGAAGAACGGCGAAGCCAGCAAGGACGAUCUGCUCGGCUUGCUCCUACAAUCCAACAUGGAUUAUUACAGCGACGAGGACGGCAAAUCCAGCAAGGGGAUGACCGUCGAGGAGAUCAUCGACGAAUGCAAGCUGUUCUACUUCGCCGGGAUGGAGACAACCGCCGUGUUGCUCACCUGGACAAUGGUUGCCCUGAGCAUGCACCCGGAGUGGCAGGAUCGCGCCAGGGAGGAGAUUCUGCAGGUCUUUGGGCGAAACAAACCUGAUAUCAAUGGCGUUAGCCGCCUGAAAGUCGUGACCAUGGUGCUGCACGAGGUGCUGCGCCUGUACCCGCCGGUGGUGAUGAUGAACCGCCGCACGUACAAGGAGAUCGAGCUCGGCGGCGUCAGGUACCCGGCGGGCGUGAUGCUGUCGCUGCCCGUGCUGUUCAUCCACCGCGACGCCGCCGCGUGGGGGCACGACGCCGGCGAGUUCGACCCGGGGAGGUUCGCGGAGGGCGUGGCCAGGGCGUGCAAGGACCCCGGCGCCGGCGCGUUCUUCCCGUUCAGCUGGGGCCCGCGCAUCUGCAUCGGCCAGAACUUCGCGCUGCUGGAGGCCAAGGUGGCGCUCGGCAUGAUCCUGCAGCGCUUCGCGUUCGAGCUGUCGCCGGCGUACGCGCACGCGCCCUACACCGUGCUGACGCUGCACCCGCAGCACGGCGUUCCGGUUAGGCUGCGCCGACUCUGAUCGUCGGGUUAGGGAAAGAAAAAAAGAUGAAAUGAAAUGAAAUCGUCUGUAUAGAUCCGUGCAUCCGGCAUUCUGAAUCUCUGAUAUCAAAGCAGAACACAUUUGCUGAUAAACACUGGAAGCUCCAUGUUCCGGGCAUCCGGCACUCUGAAAUCUCAAUCUCUGAUAUGAAAGCAGAACACUAUUUGCUGACAACCGCUGCUGCAGUUCCUUGCAUAGUUGAAGUGUAUGAGUAUCCGUACUCCAUAUCACGGGUAUUCAGCUGGUCUUCUUAAAUCCUAAACUGUUAAGGUGUGUUCUUUCCCCGAGAA